AUGAGGGUUCUAUUUAAUGGAGCUGAUAAAUAUCAAGUGACUGGUCUAUGGAUGGAGCAGUAUGUUGUGAAUUUGAAAGAGAGGAGUUGCACUUGCAGGAAAUGGGACAUUACAGGUAUUCCAUGCCAGCAUGCUAUUGUUGCAAUGUAUGAUAAGAUGCAGAAUGGGUCAGAAUGUGGAGAUCCUGAGGCUUGGGUGAGCAAAUGUUACUGGCUCAGUACAUGGAAUGCUAUGUACCAACACACAAUUGACCCAAUAAAUGGAAGGAGCAUGUGGCCUAGAUCUGAUUGUCCAACAACCUUUCUCCCACCCAAACAUCACAAACAGGUUGGUAGGCCAAAGAAAAAAAAGGAAGAGGGCAGUUGA